UAUUCAUAGAACAUAAAUAAACAAAUUCUACAUUAGUACUGCAGAGCUACAACUGAUCCAAAAGCAUAGCUCGUAGUCCUGAAGAAGCUAUGGCAAUUAAGUGGUGGAGCUUUUGCAUACCUUUGAUGUGGUGGUGCUUGUGCUCCUUCAAGUUCAACCCAGCCACUUGCUUGCAAAAUGAGACUGAUCGACUUGCUUUGAUCUCCUUCAAGCAAGCCAUACUUCAAGACUCAUUUCAAGUCUUGAAUUCUUGGAAUGAUUCGUUUCACUUCUGCAAUUGGCAUGGCGUUUCAUGUGGUAGGCGGCAUCCUGACAGGGUCGUGGCCUUGAACCUCAGCUCUCAAGGAUUGGUAGGAUCACUGUCACCUCAUAUAGGAAAUCUCUCAUUUCUCAGGAUACUGCGUUUACAAAAUAAUAGCUUCCAUGGCCAAAUCCCACAGGAGAUUGGUCGACUGCGCCGCCUACGAGAUUUAAUUCUCAGCAACAAUUCAUUCCAAGGUAAUAUACCCACCAACUUAUCCCAUUGUUCAAACCUCAUGCAUCUUAAUCUUGUUGACAACAAGCUGGUGGGGAACAUCCCUGCCGAGCUUGGCUCUGUACAAAAACUUGAAAGUGUAGGACUGAGCACAAAUAAACUCACAGGAAGUAUUCCACCCUCCAUUGGAAAUCUCUCAUCUCUAUGGGUGCUCUUUCUGGGAGAAAAUGAUUUGCACGGACAGAUUCCAGAGGAAAUCUCUCGUCUUGGGAACUUAGAAUAUUUUGUGGUUACAGAUAUUAAUCUAAUUGGCGAGAUUCCUCCUGGUCUCUUCAACAUCUCCAGCAUUUCCUAUAUAUCAGUAGGCAAUAACCAACUGCAUGGAAGACUCCCUUCUGAUAUAGGCCUCACUCUUCCAAAUCUGAUUGUCCUUGAUUUUUCAUACAAUAGGUUUACUGGACCCAUCCCAAUUUCAUUGUCAAAUGCUUCUGCCCUUUUCCAAAUUUCCAUUCCGUCUAAUAGAUUUUCUGGCUUAGUUCCCAAAGAAUUUGGAAUGCUGCAGCAUCUUCAAUAUCUUGCUCUUACUCAGAAUCAGCUACAAGGUGACUUAAGUUUCAUAAAUGCUCUAGCUAAUUGCACCAGUUUAAAAGUCCUGGCUUUAGAAUCAAAUUUUUUCGAAGGAACCGUGCCUAAUUCCAUAGCCAAUCUAUCCAAAGACAUAUAUUUUCUAUCUGUGUCUAAUAAUCAGUUAUAUAAUGCCAUUCCCUCGGGUAUUGAAAACCUUCUCAAUUUGCGUUUUUUUCUGUUUAAUAGAAAUUAUUUCUCUGGCCCUAUACUUACUGAUUUUAAGAAAUUUCCACGUUUGCAAGAGUUGAGAUUGGAGAACAACAAAUUCACAGGAUCAAUUCCAUCUUCAAUUAGCAAUUUAUCUUUGCUGAGUUCUCUCAACAUGGGGUUCAACAAUUUCAAGGGAAACAUACCUGCAAGACUUGGAAGUUGCCGCAACUUGAUUCGGUUGCGUCUCUCACAUAAUAGUCUCAGUGGUUCUAUACCUCGAGAGGUUAUCGGCCUUAAAUCCCUUUCAAUUUUACUGGAUUUAUCUGGUAAUGAACUUACUGGUCCUAUUCCAUCAGAGAUCGGUUUGCUGCAAAAUCUAGCACAGUUGGAUUUAUCUGAUAAUAGAUUAUCUGGAAUGAUUCCUAGCACAAUUGGCAAGUGUUCGAAUUUAGAACAGCUUCGCCUGGAGGGAAAUUCAUUUGAUGGAGAUAUACCGCAAGUUUUAUUUGCUUUACAAGGUUUACAAGAGCUGGACAUUUCACGCAACAAUUUUUCAGGGGGAAUCCCAGAUUCUUUAACUCAGCUUGACGGGCUGAAGCAUUUGAAUCUGUCUUUUAAUCAACUUCAUGGGAUGGUUCCAAAACGUGGAAUCUUUCUAAAUGCAAGUGCCGUUUCAUUGAUGGGAAACAAUGAUCUCUGUGGAGGUAUCACUGAGAUGAAGCUUCCUUCUUGCCCCAUCACAAACUCCAAGAAGAACAACCUCUCCCUUGCACUGAAAGUGACAAUCCCAGUGGUUGCGACAGCCAUAUUUUCGGCUCUGUUGGUGUGUUCCUUAAUUUUCUGGCAUCGGAAAAGUAUUUUUAGAAAGAAGAAGAUUUCCAUGCCACCAUUUGAACACCAGUUUCUGAGAAUAUCCUAUGCAGAACUCUUCAAAGCCACUGAUGGAUUCUCUAUGUCCAAUAUAAUUGGUGUCGGAAGUUAUGGAUCUGUUUAUAAAGGAAUUCUUGAGCAAGUAGGUAUAGAAGUGGCGGUCAAAGUGCUAAACCUCCAAAGAAGAGGAGCUUCAAAUAGUUUCAUGUCAGAAUGCAAGGCUCUUAGAAUCAUCAGGCAUCGAAAUCUUCUGAAGCUAUUGAGCGUCUGCUCUAGCAUUGACUUUGAAGGCAAUGAUUUCAAAGCUCUGAUAUAUAAAUUCAUGGUGAAUGGGAGCCUGGAGAAAUGGCUGCAUGGUCGCAAUGUAGGAGAAGAUGGACAAGAAGGACAAUCAGGAAAUUUGAAACUAAUAGACAGACUUAACAUUGCCAUUGAUAUUUCAACUGCAAUAGAAUAUCUUCACAAUGGCAGCUCAUCAACUAUCAUACAUGGUGAUCUAAAGCCAAGUAAUGUUCUUUUAGAUGAGGAGAUGACCGCCCAUAUUGGAGAUUUUGGCUUGGCAAAGAUUGUUGCCUCAGUUUCUGGUGAGAUUCAAAAGUAUCAAAGCAGUUCUACAGCAAUCAAGGGAUCUGUUGGCUAUGUUGCUCCAGAGUAUGGGUUGGGCGAUCCAGUUUCUAAAGAAGGAGAUGUAUAUAGCUAUGCGAUUCUGUUGUUGGAGAUGUUUACAGGAAAGAAGCCAAUCGAUGAAUCUUUUAAAGAUGAUCUCAAUCUUCAUACUUUUGUUGAAAGCAAUUUGCCUGAUAGAGUGAUGGAGAUUGUGGAUCCAAGAAUUGCGUAUGAAGAUGGAGGAGGAAGUUUCAAAGAUUGCAUCCUCUCUGUAAUGAGAAUUGGAGUUGCAUGUUCAAUGGAGCAACCAAGAAAAAGAAUGAAAAUGGGAGAUGUGAUAAGUGAAUUGGUAAAGAUCAAAGGCUCUUAUCUGCAGGAAAGGCUGAAGCAGGGGCGAAGAAAUGCCUACCAGUUUGGAGGUCCAAGCACCUCUCGCAUUUAAUUUAGUAGCUUAAUUUUGCAAUUUCGAACCAUGAAAUUAAACUAAGUUGCUAUGUGUGGUCUACUUUUCUGGAACAUGUUUCGUAUAAGUAAUUUAUUCAAUUUUCAUGCAAACUAGAUCAUAACCUGGGCAAUGCAGCAGGAUGUUUUUAAUUUUUAUUUAAUAAAAAAGUUAUUUUAAU